AGGGAUAUAUACCAUAGGGAUAUUAAGGCAAGUAGAUUGUUUAAAGGCUUAGAGUGCCAAUGUUUUCCUUGAAAAGGAUGGAACUGCUAAGUUAGGUGAUCUUAAUGUAAGCAAAGUUGCUAAAAAGGGAAUGCUAUUUACUCAAACAGGGACUCCAUAUUAUGCAAGCCCUGAAGUUUGGAAUGAUAUGCCUUAUGAUAGUAGUAGUGAUAUUUGGUCACUUGGUUGAGUUCUAUACGAAAUGACAAGUCUGAAGCCACCGUUCUUAGCAAGUAACAUGGAAGCGCUCUUUUCCAAAGUAUGUAAAGGAAAAUAUGCGAACAUUCCAGCUAUAUAUUCUUCUGAUCUGAAAAGAAUUAUAUCUUUAAUGAUGCAGUUAUAAAACCCAACAAACGGCCUACAGCUGAUGAAAUCUUGAACUCAAAGAUUGUGAAGGACAAAAUAGAUGAGCUUUACAUCGAAGAAUCAGAAACUUCAUCAAACAUCGAUAAAAACUUGCUUGAAACAAUCUUGAUUCCUGAAGAAAUGAAGAAUAUCCAAUCUAGCUUACCAAAAUCCAAUUACUCCAGCUCAAAAGUGGAUUUCAUAGAGAAGUUCCUUAAUGGCCAACUUGUGGGUAAAAUUCCAAACACGAAGACAACUCCAGAAGACAGUUCAAGGAAGGUAAAGUCCAGAAGGAACAAUUCCAGUCAGAGAAAAAUUCUUAGGGAAGUCUUUAAAGUAGGUAUGGAGAAGAGUAAGUCCAAAGAGUCUACCAGGAAAGACAACACUCAGUCUCGACCAAGAGCAGGCAAAGAGGAUAUAGAUGAGACCAUCAAAUAGCCUAAAGAAAGCACUAAAGAAGCAGAAGAAAAAGCUGAUCAAUUCCCCUUCAAAUGCUUCAAUUCCCUUAUCCUAUAUGAGCAAUGUGAAGAGAGUCAGGAAUAAUGACUUUAAAUUGCCAGUAUUAAGUCAGCAGAAUUCUCCUGCAAGGAGGUUAGCCAAAAUUUAUCGCCGGAAGGGCAUCAAAGAACCUGGGAUUAACUCCCCUGAAAUUCCUGCUACAAGGUCAAGAAAGGUAUUGGAUGGACAUCCAUCUUCGAGGAUGAAACAAAUGAAAAAGAAUAAUUCUAAAUUAGAUUUCCUACAGCAUUCAAAGAAUCGUUAUGACUCAAAAAUUGGCAUAAAUCUUCAGUCUUACAAAGUGAAUGUGUACAAUAUCGGGAUAAAUGCUGGCCUGGAGAACAUGAAAAAGUCCAACAAGUAUGCAGGCCUCAAGCACUCAAAAUAUUUAAGUCGUCAUAGAAGGGUCCUCCUAGAACCAAAGAACUACUGUGAAAUAAUCAGUAAGUCAAUGAUGAGAAGGAAAGAUAAAAAGAAUAUUGAUCUUUAGAAAAUGCUCAAUUUUUAAACAGCAAAUUCAAC